AUGGCUUCCGCUCUCAACUCUGUGCCGGCCAACAACGCGCCUGGCAAUGCCAACGCAGCCGUGCCGAACCCGGGCAGAUCUACCCUGAGAUCCAGCAACAGCACCAAGGGGUCCGACAACCGACGACAGUCGGGCAGCCCUAUUGAUGGCGGACAACGGCGCACAAACUCCCACAAGGCCUGGACCCAAGGGACCAACCCCAUCACCCAACGAUCUUCAUACUCCUCAUCCAACGGCAAUAUGACCCACCAGAGACAAUCUGGCUCUCCAAGACCCAACCAGAAGGAGUCAAACACGCCUGAUAGUCAUGCUCAUGAUCGCCUUCUCUUCUUAUUCGCCAGCUUUAUUGGCCUGCAUACAACUAUAACUACCAAGAACGGAGAAAAGUAUACUGGUAUCUUCUCUUCAUCGACCAUGGAGACCAACGAACUCUCCUUCCUGCUCAAAAUGGUCCAGCGAAGCUCGCAAGAGGCCCAAUCCCGAGUGAACGGCAUCAGCGAAGUCGCAACUCCGUAUCUGGGCUCCGCACCCGAGCACAUCAUGUCGUUUGACAUUAAAGAUGUUGUCGACAUUUCCGUUCCAAACGUUACUACAGCAGAAGUUUCAGCCAAGGAAUCAAACGGUGCUUCCCAAGGUUUUAGAACCGACAGUGAUAUCUCGGGAAACCUAGCCAUGCGCGAGCGUACCUUGCAGCGUUGGGAACCCGCCGAGACUGACAUUGAUAUGUCGCUUGAGACGAGCAACAACACUGCUGGAUGGGACCAGUUUGAGGCAAAUGAGCGUCUUUUCGGUGCCAAGACUAAUUACGACGAGAAUAUCUACACCACUCGUCUCGAUCGUUCCGAUCCUAAUUACAAACAAAAGCAAGCGGAAGCAGCUCGAAUCGCCCGUGAGAUUGAGGGUCAGGACGUGGAAAAUUCCCACAUGCGGGAGGAACGCGGCCUUGUGGCACCAGAUACUGGCGAUCAAGACGAAGAAGACAAGUACAGCGGUGUCCGACGCGAGGAAAAGGCCUUCCCGCCCUUGAUUUCUGGCCAACCAAACAAGUACAUGCCCCCUGGACGCCGUCAAGCAGCCCCGCAGCCUGCUGCAGCACCCAGUGCACCCCCCUCCAAGCAACCUAUGGCUUCACCUACCCCCACUGCUCCUAUCCCUGUCCCCUCUCAGACUGCGGCGAAGGAUUCGGCACCCUCGGCCAAGCAGCCUGAACUGGUCGCAACCCUGCAAUGCCCGGCAGAACCCGAGCAGAAGUCUGCCUCUGGCAAAGGUGCCUCGCCUGCAGUGCCUGCAGUGCCUACUGUGCCCACUGCAAAGCGCGCUAUACCUGAAAAUGCGACUGCAAAUGUGGAGGCAGAGGUGCUGGAUCACUUCCGCCAGUUCGCAAACAGCGAGAAGAUUAAGAUGCAGGAGCGUCGUCGCAACCAAGCCUCAUAUGACCGAACCAUGAAGCUGAAUGAGCUGAUGAAGUUUUCCAAGAGCUUUAAACUUUCCACUCCCGUGCCGAAAGACCUUGUUCCCAUCCUGGCCAAGGAUCGACUAAAGCAGGAAGCAAUCAUGCAACGAACCCUGCAACAAGGGGAGGACAAGACUACACCCAAAGUUACCACACCUCCCACGGAGCACAAGCCCCCUGCCCGUGGCGUAGGACCCACCGGAGCAGUACCCCCAUCGGCCCCUGCUGAUCGCCAGAAUUACAACCGCGCUCGCCAGGGCUAUCCUCCCACUGGGCCUCUCGGUGCUGGUGGACGAUUCCCCCAGCAAGUAGUUCCUCCCGGACGUCCCGGUGUCGGCAUGCUUGGCCCUCGACUUGCGGACAACAUGCAACAACGCAAAGGCGCGGGAAUGGGACCUAUUCCCACUCCCCUUCCCAUCCAAGAAGCCCGUGGACCGCCGACUGGUCCUGCGAGCGAACAGCAGAGAAUCACUAGCCCUGUCAGGUCGCAGGCUGGUUCUUCUGCGGCAACCAAGUUCAAUGUCAAAGCCAUGGAGUUCAAGCCGAACCCGGCGGCGAGUACCUUCACUCCUGGUGGUACCUCCGUGGCAACCGCAAGCCCACGCUCAUUCUCUCGCAAUCGAUCUGUCUCGCGCGCCACAACUCCAACCGCAUUUUUUGGUCCAAGGAAGCCCCUUCCUGUCUCCGAGCGACCCUCUAUUAGUGAUCAAUUCAAUCCCAUCAAACGCAUGAAGAAGGAGAGCGCAGAACAGACCGACAAGUCCUUUUUGUUGAUUGGAGGUAUCCCUCCACCCUACAAGACUUUGCCAACCUGGGACAUCAUAGACGGCAGCGAGGAUAAAACCUACGAUCAGAUGUUCAAACAACCCGUCGGUGUCCAUUCCGUCCCGUCUCAAGGUCGUUCUACUUCCAACAACAGCAACGUAUCUCAACAUCAGGUGCCCUUCCCUUUCCACCAGGGUACCCCUGGCAUGACGCCUUCUUCUGGUCCUCCGAAUGGACCCCAUAGCCUUCACUCACAGGGCCUUCAUGGCCCGUCCCAUGUGGAGGAUCAUCACCGCAUGCAGUUGUCCGCAUCGAACUCCCAGGUUUUCCCGUCUCCGCGUUCGCAACACGGAUAUCCGUCCCCUAUGGCUCCACCUAAUGCCCAGCUUUCGUUUGGCCAACCGAUGUCGCAGUACUAUGGUGGCCCUCAGCCCGCCCACAUGAGACCGUUCCAGGGCGGUGGCCCUCAAUUUGUUAACGGAGCCCCGAUGAUGGUGCAGCAGCCCUCCAACGGGCCCUAUAUGGGAGUUCCUCAAGGCAUGACUCCGUAUAACGCACAGAUGCCCAUGUAUUCCCCUAAUCUAGGCCACGCCUAUCCCCAACAUGCACCUGCACCUCAGCCGCAUAGUGGAUACCCAAGCCCGAGCCGCGGUGCACCCAUGAUGAUGCACCAGAACUCGCAAUCUGGACAGCCUCCUCAGCCUAUGAUGUUCUUGCCCGGUCAACCCGGAUAUCCUCAGCCGUCGGGACAUAUGCCUCCCAACCGUGGCAGCUACUCCCAACAGCCACAUUUUUCCUCGAGUCCUCAUCAAUCGCAUCAUUUCCCCCCUAACCAGCACCGCACUCCCAGCAAUGGCUUCAACCAAAUGCCACAAAUGCCUGCCCAAAUGUCUGCUAAUACUCCAGCAACAACCCCUGGAGCCUCACACUCGGCUGAGGCAACGGAUGAAGGAAAAUGA